CCACAAGGAGUGCGAACGCGAGGUGCUCUCAGAUGUGAAGCGAGAUGAAGACAGAAGGCGACGUGGCGGCUUCCCCCGACCCAUACAACCAACAUCACCUCUACAUCCCCUACGGUGGCGCCUAUCGCUAUCACUCGUCCCCGGCGGACCUGGAGUCCUCGGGGUCGAACGGCAGCGGCACCUUCGCCUGGACCAUGCACGGGAUGCAAGAAGAACCUCCCGCCCUCGACUCCCUCCCGGACCAGGGCGAAAAGCGACCCAAGAAGCGACGACGAACCGAUCACCAGAAGUCCCUCCAGCGACGACGUCGUCCAUCCCCCAACCCAGACGAACUUCAACACCAACGCGCCCUGGCGAACGUUCGCGAACGGCAGCGGACCCAGAGCCUGAACGAGGCGUUCGCCUCCCUCCGCAAGAUCAUCCCCACCCUCCCGUCGGACAAACUGUCCAAGAUCCAGACCCUCAAGCUGGCUUCUCGCUACAUCGACUUCCUCUAUCAGGUGCUCCAGAGCGACGAGCAAGACCCAAAACUGGGCAGCCCCACAGCCUGCAGCUACGUCGCCCACGAGCGGCUCAGCUACGCCUUCUCCGUCUGGAGGAUGGAAGGAGCGUGGAACGCAAACCUUUGAUGCUCCCGAGAGAUCAUCCCAUUCCUCGCCACUUCGCAGUCGUGAGUCCU